AUGCACUUUCCGGUUCCUGAACCCAAGCGUACCCGGAUUGCGCAAGCGCCCUCCGUAUCGGGAGAUCCUGGCGCAUCCUCACCACUACUCACUAUCGCGCCGGAACUGCGAAACCAGAUCUAUGAGUAUCUUCUCGUGGAUUUCUGCCCUAUAACAAUCGAGAACGCAGAGGACAGGCUGAACAAGAAGACCAGAACCAAGAAGACUAGUGACUUCAGCGGAAGCUCUGCUAUCCUUCGUACUUGCCGUCAGGUCUACCAUGAAGCAAUCGGUAUUCUUUAUAGCCGCAACGCCUUCCACUUUCAAUACAACCUACACUUUGACGACGAGGUCGUCGUUGAAAUCACUAGUCCCGUCAUGGUGUGCACAGAAUGGAUAGACGAUGUCGGCUCAUGUCUUCCCAAGUUGCGCAAUAUCACCAUCAACAUGAACGUGCCCAGAUGGUCUGAAGAGUAUGGGUACUACGACUUGGAACAGAAGGUUCGCGAGUUUUCCCGCGAGAACAUAAACAUUCUGUCAUUACUCGACGUAUUCUGGAACAGCGACUCACGCAGCACAUCAGUCAUCUUUGAGAUCCUGGAGAACUUUGUGAACGAUGCACCAGACGAUUCUGACUCAGAGUUCGAAGAGCCAGAGCUUGAUGUGGCGUCCAUAACGAACGUUCUGUCUGAGCUAGGGGGUAAAGAUUCACUGGAUUUGCAGAAAACACGCCGCUUUCUGGAAAGUGUUCAUGUGGAUGCAGUCGGUAGCCAAGGCAACAUUGUCUAUCAUUCGACACAUUAUGAAGGCGCCAUACAACGCCAAUUCAGGCUAUCGAUGGGGACCCAGCGUUACGAGAUCGUUCCUUUGCAAAAUCCUCUGACUCUGUUCGACCUGUCUUGGAAUAUCACCGAUGCUAUCAUUCGUCUUGCACUCGGUGAUCAAGAGUGCACGUACAAUUUCCACACCGGUAUCACCCAUGGACACCAGCCCGGCAUGCUUAGCGUCAAUACUCAGCUUCGCAGGCUUGCUGGACCGUGGUUCCUACGCAAGAUCUGCUAUACCCUAAUCCUGGCUUCUGAAUCGACCUCGUCUUCCAAAGCGAUGUUUGAGAGACUUGACCGUCGCAUCGCAGAGAUUUAUCAGCAGCGUCGUUUACAGUUCUGUCAGUCACUGCUAGGCUGUCAUCCCGUCUCAGCAAGUGUGCUUCACGAAAACGCACCGACGAUCAUCUUGCAGUUUCAUACAAAGGAGUCGCCGCAUCUAGCUGCCGUUCACAUCAAUGCAUGGGAUCUUCUACGUGUCACUUCGGUCUUUAUGGCGACCACUACGAUCAUCGUUCGUGUAUGCGGUAGCCAUAGCGAAACCCGAGAUCACACUACAAGAUUGGGCGAUAUCCGAAAGAGCGCCUACCUACUUUUGAAGCAUCUAGAGCCCGAAACGGCGGCAGAAGCCCGCAAGCUAGGCGUUCAGGUUGAGCUGAACAGCCAGUGUGUCCCCAUACAAGCGACCAUCCGGAAGACCGACGAAGGUCCACAGUCUUCCGAAGCGGUUAUCUUGAAGAAUUUGGACUCAGAGGAGUUCACCUGGUUGUCCAAUAAGCGCGAUCAUAGGUGGUGCACGCAAUUAAAUCCUCCAAAGGACGGUCACUCGCGUCUGAGGUGCGCAAGGAACUGGCCUGGAGAAACAUAUGAUCAGGAGGAGUGGAAGGACCAGACGAUGUAUACUAUUCUUUGGCGUCUUUAUCGGCUCGUCACUGAAGUGUAA